AUGUGGGAACAGCAACAUCGGUCCAGUCGGCCAUCUAAGAGCUUGGACCCAGCGCUCCGCAACACAAGGACCAUCAAAUCAGAAGCCUUGAACGAGAUGCAAAAGGUGGCAAAGCUCAAUGAAGCAGGUCGAUAUGACAUGAUUGUAUGCGCAAACAAGAGAAAUGAUGUGGCUUCCUCAGCUUGCAGCGCUUGCACGAUUGAUCAACGUGUUGCGCUCCAGCGAGAUUUGGACGCUCGUCGUUGA